UCGUGAUGGCCUGCGCGAUUAAUCGGCCUCUCCUAUUAACAGCGUUUACGUAAUUAGGCGCUCGCGGGGAGGUACGUUCUAUCACAAAAUAAGACCCAAGACCCGCCGGGCUUCCUGACUUGUGAAGAUUUGAUCCCUGAGCAUCUUUGGUGUUGUAGGCCUGGCCGUGUUCCUUUGUAUUAUGAACACUUAUUUCCGAGGCCCGACCAGGGUGCACAUCGGUUUGAAUCAGAGUCUCUUCGACUUUACUGAGAGCGCGAGUGCGAUGCACAUGCCCUACCUUGCUAGUAGCGCCGACCAAACACCAAGUCGACCCGCAAUCGCCGCCGACAGAUGGCGACACAGUGGAUGCGAAGCCCUCUUCAUCACCAAUGAUCAAUCUCGCUACUUCAGGGACUUCAUGCGGCCGCUUUGGAGGUAUUAUGUGAACACAACAUACCUGGAUCAGGUGGGGUUGACCGCUCAACUCGAGACACUAUUUCUGGCCGUCUUGUCAAUGAAUCUAUGUCAUGCUUCUUGCCAUCGCCAUUCUAUAGGAAGUAUUAGAUCCCUGAUUUGUUGAAAUCUUUCACACACAGCAUCAUUUGGUAAAUUUAUGGCACGAUUAUUAUCUAGCCUGGCUUUACCAACAAAGACAUGUAUUUUCAGCCACAGCUCAAAGAAGAAUGGAAUAUGUUGUCACACAAGUAAGGAAAACUAAGGGUUCUGGUAAUACUAAUAUCUCUUUAGGCCAAUUUUCUCUGCGCACUACGGACAU